UACGCAGUAGCCGAUGAUGGACUUAUCUUCUCAUGCUUAGCCACCGUAAAUAAAUUUACCAGGGUGCGUAAACCGAGAAAUAAGAUAAUUCCACAGCGAAAUGAUGUUCACAGACGUUGGAUGAAAAUUGCUCAAUCAUCUGAAAAAUUAUUGCAGGUACCGCUCAAUGCAAUCAUCGUUUUUACUCUUCUGAAUGCUACAUUGGCCCUAGUGUUUGACUUGGAAGCCCUGGUCGAGUUCCUAUCCAUAGGCACUCUACUAGCCUAUUCAGUGGUCUCCGCUAGCGUUUUGAUUUUGAGAUAUCAGCCUGCUCCUAUAAACGGCGCUGAAGACAAAUUAGACGAAGGUACUAUACAGCAAGGGAGAAAAAAGAUAAUGAAAGCUUCCUUUAGGUGGCAAAAUAAAAGACUGGUUGCCCAUGCGCAAAUACCUGGAAAGAAUUUCAGUUGGAAAAUCUAUACCGCUGGCUGUGAUUGCACUAGUUUUUGGAUAUUUCUGGCUCGCAUUCACGUUGCGAUUAGCCUAAUUCUUAUAAUUGGCUCGCUCAUAUUCAUUGCCGGUCAUGAGCAGAAUUCACAAGACCUAUCGUUUAGAGUCCCACUAGUUCCACUGAUUCCUGCACUUGGUCUGCUCAUCAACUGUUUUAUGAUGGCUUAUCUUGCCUAUCUCACUUGGGCUCGCUUCUUCAUCUGGAUGGCUAUAGGUGAACUUCCAUCGUUUUUUGAUAGCAACUUUGAUUGAUG